AUGGUUCGUUUCAAGAAUAAGGUGGCCAUCAUCACCGGUUCAAGUAAUGGCAUUGGAAAAGAGACAGCGAUUUUGUUCGCGUCCGAAGGUGCCAAAGUUACAAUAACCGGAAGGAAUGAAGCUGCGCUGCAGGAAACAAAGGAGGUCAUGGUUCAAGGUGGUACACCUGAGGAGAACAUUGUUAUGAUCAAGGGAGACCUCAGAAAUGCGGACGUUCAGAAGAACCUUGUGGAAGCUACGGUUAAGAAGUUUGGCGGCAUCGAUAUUCUAGUGAAUAACGCCGGAGGAGGAGGAAUCGACAAUUCAAGCAAGCAAGGACUUGACCAAGAAUUAGAUAACUACGACUACAUCCUUGAACUGAAUACACGCAGUGUGGUUGCAUUAUGCAAACUUGCACUUCCGUAUCUUGUUGAGAGACAAGGGGAAAUCAUCAUGGUCAGCAGCAUAUGUGGUCUCGCACAAGGCUGCCCAUCGCUUCCAUACUAUUCCAUGUCAAAGGGAGCACUCGAUCAGUUAAUGAGAGCGUUAGCAGUAGAAUACAUCGGUAAAGGAGUGCGCGUGAAUUCUGUGAAUCCUGGCCUCAUCACCACAACUUUCAUGCAGAAACAAGGAGCAACAUUAGAACAACAGCUAGAGGAGUCAUAUAGACUACCGAAACGGAAAAGGACUAGAAUGGCGAUCUGUACUUAUAACGCACGUACGCUUGCAUCGGAAGCGGCCAUCGAAGAUCUGAUGAUGCAAGCCAAGAAGAUCAAGUACGACGUCAUCGGACUGACCGAGACGAGACGACGUCACCCUCUCAACGCCGUAUAUGAAACUGGAGAAGAACUGUUCUUAGGAACAUGCGACAGUAGAGGUGUUGGUGGAGUUGGCGUCCUCAUCAACACGAGUAUGGCAAAGAACACCGACUCUUUCGAACAACUUAUGACCCAAAUCGGACGUCUGCGGAUGAGAAGAUGUGGUCCAACACCAGCUUUGACUAUCUUCGUCGCUUACGCUCCAACAUCAGGCUACGAAGAAGAAGAAGUCGAAGCUUUCUAUAUGGACCUGGAGAAGUUCUACCGAGAAGAUCAUGUCUUUUACAAGGUCAUAAUUGGCGAUUUCAACGCCAAAGGUGGCCCAAGAAGAAUGCUUGAGAAACCUCACAUCGGGAUCACGGCCUGUAAUGGAUCGACCAGGGGGAGGCUCUCUGGGUUCAUCAUGACGACUAAGACCAUCCAUGGGAACUCACAAUUCCAGAAGCACUCCUCUCUACGCUGGACGUGGGAGUCCGGUGGAGGGUACCGUAAUGAACGCGAAAAAUUCCUUAGUUCGGAUGCCAAACGUAUACCAGCUCGUCGCUCUGGAACUGCACUGGAAAUUGCGAACGCAAUCGCUUUUCUUGCUGACCGGAAUGUCUCAUCGUACGUGGUUGGACAUACACUGGUUGUCGAUGGCGGUUGCUCUAUUAUAAAUCCACUUCUAGCACAUUAUUCACUCGAUUAUAAAACUCCGGCUUCAUAUUGA